AAUUAAUUCUUUUAAAUAAAAAACAUGACAACAUAAUAAUAAGAAACUGAUAUUAUUCAUUAUGGAUGAUAAUUUAUCUACAUAUUCAUGUUUUUGAAAUGUUUUGAAUCUUUUGAAUUGUUGAGAAUCAAUUAUUUAAUUUAGAUUAGCAACUUUUUAAUAAUCACAUAAUGGCCUCUGCUAUGGAACAGCAACAACAACAACAACAACAAACUACUUUAGAAUUUUAUCAGGCAAUGGCUGAUUUUAAAAACAUGUUUCCACAAAUGGAUGAUGAUGUGAUUGAGGCUGUAUUAAGAUCUAAUCAAGGAGCUGUAGAUACAACAAUUGAUCAGUUACUUACUAUGAGUACAGAUAAUGAAAAUGAAAAAAUUAGGAGUGAAUUAGAACAAAAUGAAAAAUCACCAAGUACUUCUAAGUCAUACAAAAUAGAUUCAACAAUAUCUUCAAAAAGUAUACGUAAAUGGCAACCUGCUUUAUUAGGACCAUUGCCAGAUACAUUUCUUCGACUUCCCCAAGUUUCUGAAGAUAGUUUAGAUUCCUCUUAUUUACAAGAAAAUUCAAUGAUAGAAGAUGAAAGAAUUGCUAUGUUUCUUCAAAAUGAAGAAUUUAUGGCUGAAUUACGUUGGAAUGAAGACUUUCUGUCAACUUUAGAAAAUGAUACAAAAAUUCAAGGAACAACUCUUGAGAAAUGUGAUAGUCAAAUUGGUCAUGAUGAUGAAGAUCUUUUUAAAGAAAGACUAAAAAAUAUGGGCAAAAUGUCUCGACGUAAGUUUGCACAACUUACUAAAGUAUUUACACGCAGUAAAAAACGAGGAGGUAGACAGUUAUUACCUCCAACAGCUUCCUGUGACGACUUAUUAGAUUCAGAAGAAUCAUCUAGAUUUCAGUCUUAGAAAUUAGAACAGAACUUAAUUUGUCAGGAAAAACAAUUACAAACAAUUCCAAUUGAUACUUACAGUAAUUUAUCCAGUUCAGAAGCAAAAAAGAAGCAUAUCCGUAUUAAUAUUAAUAAUUGAAUGGAAAAUUAUAAAAAAGAUUUAGAUGAUAAUAGUAUUAUUAUUGUGGAUUAUAUAUUUAAAUUAGAAUUAUUUAUAUUCCAUACAGUUAAUUUACAUAAUAAUUACUAAAUUAUUUAAAUAACUUCAAUUCAAAAACACAGAAAGAUCAAAAAAUAUAAAGAUAAUAGCAUAGAUGUCUAAAAAAAUGCAAAGUUACAGAAUAUUACUUAUUUUAAUAAUGUAAUAUGAAUAAGUACACGUUCUAAAUACUAACAGUACAAUAAUUACAACAGUCAUAUUGUUGAAAUAAGAAUUUAUUAAAUUUUGUUAAAAAAUAUGAAUUUUUUUAAUGUGACAUUUUAUAGCUUUACAAUAUAUUUUAUUUAUAAUUCAUAUUAUUUAUAUUAUCUGUAAUUUAUUAUUGGUAUUAAUUUAAAAAAUUUAUAGUUUUUCAUAAUUUAUAUUUAUUUAAAACAAAAUGUUUAUAAUUUUUGAAUUUAUAAAAACAAUAUUGUUAAAAUAUAGAAUAAAUAAUUUAUGAAUAUCAAAUGAAUAAUAAUAAAAAAAUUAUUAUCCAAAGCUAUAAUAAACACUUAAAAUAAAAUUUAAAAUUGACAAAUUUGUUUCUUAAUAUUUAAUUUUUAUAUAAAUUUUUAAUAAUAUGAAGGUAGAUUUUUUUUUAUAUUGCUACAUACAAUAAUAAUGCUUUUUUAUUUAUAAAUAUAUUUUUGAAAAACUCCUAUCUAUUUAAAAGUUGUAAACAUAAUAAAUUCUAGUCUGUUCAUCUAGCCAAUAAUUAUUUAAUCAUAAAUAUUAAAGAUUGCAAUUAUAUAAAUCAUUGAUAUAAAAAAUAUUUAUAUAUAAGUAUAAUUAAAUAUAAUAUAUGGAGAAGCAAAAAUUUAGAACUGUUGAAUUUUAAUAUAAAAAAAAAAUAGUAAAAUCUCCAUAUUCAUGGUUUUACAUAUUUAUGCUUGGAUACAAUCUCAAAAAAUUAAAUAAAUUCUUGAAUUCCUAUUAGAAUCUACUAGAACCAUAUCUACCAGAAUUAUACAACAUAAAUAAUUCUAGAUAUAAUUCUGAUAUAAAUAAUGCAUCACAUAUCUUCAUUAUUCACUUUAUUUCAUCUAUCAUAUAAUGUUGUAUAAAUAUUAUUAUAUUGCUGUUUUUUAAUAUAUAAUUUUUAUUGUUUUUCAUUAUUAUUCAUUACUAUUUAAUUGUUAGAUUUUAUUAUUAAUUAUUUUUCUUAAAAUUUAAUAAUUAAUAAAUUAAAUUUUAUUAUAAGUAUAUAUAAUUUAUAUAUUAUAAUGAUGUAUAUUAUUCGCAAAUCUUGAGACUUAUCUCUAUGGAUAUGGAGAGUUCACUAUAAACUAUGUCUCUUUAAUAAGUCAAAAUUUAUUUUAUAUAUUACUGUAUUUUUAUUUUCUCAUUAUUGUAAUAUAUAUAAUACAAGUUACAAAAGGAUUAUGAAAAUAAAAUAAAUUUAUAGCAUAUAA